UGUGAUACAUUCUGGACACCACAGUUUAUAUAUCGUUAAAGACUGGAAACCUAAGACGAAGAAAUACUGCAUAUUUUUCAGUACUUCUAUCGAACACUAUAUAAUAAUGACUCUACCUUAAUUUAUCUUAUUACAGAGAUUCCAUUCAACGCACUCUACAAGAUGGCCAUCCGGCAUCUAUACAUCAUAGUAUGUGGUAUCUCAAACUAUACACCCGAGAUAGAGUCCAUCAUCUCAGACAUGAGAAUGAAUAACUACCGAGCUUUUUUUGUGUCCACUAAAGGCAAGUCCAGCCCUUCCAUUAUGGUGGACUUAAGACAGCUAAAUAUCUACAACCUCAGCGCACCAAUCUUUGUCAUCCUCAAACCAGACGGGCUGGUUAUCUUAUCAGGAGCCACACGCGCACAGCCUCGAGGCAGCUACACCUCCCUGCAACAGCAGCCAGGAGGCAGCGUCUUGGCCCGAUGCAUAAAACUUCAACAAUGCGAAAUACACGCGGACCUAACUGACCUGCUGCAGAUUUCCAACAAAAGGCGAAUCCAAUCUCGCAUUGACAAGAUAGUUAACAUGUUCCUUACCAAAUUAAUAGAUGAAGAGACAGAGGAACAGUUGGUUUCGCUCGCAGUUAUACAUGAGGGACUCCUCCCUUCGGUUUCGGAUGAUGAGGAUGAAACUGAAGAGGAUAGUUCAGAAGGUGAAGACACUGUGGAUGUAAACCGGAACUACAAUUAAAAUAUGCUUCCAGAACAUUCCAAUUCAGGCCUAUCCUAAGGCAUACUCAAGGCGCGCCAGGCCAUUUCAAGGCCCCACCCAAUUUAACCUUUUUGAAAAGAGCCUCAGGCCCUGUCCUUCUAACCAAGCCAACCCGCCCACCCCUAAACUUUAGUUGCGCAGGUUCCCUUUUCCCCCCUUCUUGAGGACUAUAAAAAGGCUGAAAUUUUUUUGUGUAAAGGAGAGUGUGAAAAGGGAUCCUAGUGAAAAAGUGAUCUGAAGGGCUCCAAUAUCAGGUCUGGUUUAUU